AUGGCAACCAAAGCUGCGUACAAGCGACUGACUCGUGAAUAUCAAAAUAUUCAAUCGAACCCUGUACCAUACAUCGUUGCCCAUCCAUCCGAAUCCAACAUAUUAGAAUGGCAUUAUAUCCUCACUGGUGCACCCAAUACACCCUACGAAAACGGCCAGUAUCAUGGCUCCCUUAUCUUCCCACCAGACUAUCCUUUCGCCCCACCAGCCAUCCGAAUGCAUACUCCGAGCGGUCGAUUCCAACCUUCAUCUAGAUUGUGCUUAAGUAUCAGUGACUUUCACCCAAAGUCCUUCAAUCCUGCGUGGUCGGUCUCGACGAUCUUGAUAGGACUCCUAUCAUUCAUGAACAGCGAAGAAAUGACGGCAGGCAGUGUGGGAGGAACUCCAGCAGAGCGAAAAUGGUAUGCUGCCCGGUCAAGAUGGUGGAACUCUACUGGCGGUGGAUCCGCGUCCAAACCUGUGCCUGGAGUACAGGCCACCACCAAGGGCGUAGGAAACAUCAAGGCAGGGGACGGCGGAGUGAAGUUCAGAGCGGAAUUUCCGGAAGAAGAUCAGGAAAAUUGGAGAUGGAUUAGCCAACAUCGCAUAGAUCCAAAAACUGGACGCAUGCUCCCUGACCUAGAGGGCGAGGAGGUGCAAUGUUCUCCUGAAACUGCAACACUCCGUCGGAUACUGGGAGGAAGUGGCGGUGGCGUUGGGGCAGUGGUCCAUGGAGGCCAGGCUGCCCGAAACGCUGGCCAAGGCUGGCUGUCUACCAACAAGGUCUGGAUGGUCUUCGGGGGACUCUUCCUGUAUUUCAUAGCGGCCAGAAUGAUCAGCGAGGCGCAAGGAUUAUGA